AGAAAGGCAAAAUCAAAAGACCAAAACCAUAAUCGCUCCGACGUCAUAAAAUCUCGCGAGCAUUUCCCGUCUUCCUCGUACUCCCCCCCUCCUCUUCUUCGAGCUCCGGUGGAAGCGAACCGCCGUCCGGCCUAGGGUUAGGGUUAGGGUUCGGUGCCGUCGCAUCGAGUCCCCGGUAGCUUGCUCGGCGGAGGAUAAUGUACGCCGAUCGGGUGGAGGCUGAGGGCAAGAGGCCCGCCAAGGAUCGGCUCAACGGCGGCUCCUACGCCGACUCGUCCCGGCGGCGUCAGAUCACCGGCAAAAGGCAGAGGCAAGACGAUAAAUGGGAACAUGAUCUUUAUGACAAUGAUGAACGUCAGAUUUCAAAUCGCAGGGUCGAGGGCCGUGAUCUGCGUUUGAAGCUCCAGAAGAAGGGUCUACAGCCGGCAUCUCAAGGUGCAAAGGGGACUUUUUCCGGUGUGCGAGAUCUUCGCGAAAAGCUUUCUGGUGUAAUAAGUUCCCAACCGGCAAGUAAUAACACAGCCAAACCAAAGUUGGCACCAGAGGCACCUAAACCUGCCAGGAGAAGUGUUGUAGUUGAAGCUUCUAUGCCAGAGACCAAAAGAGUUGUUAAUCCAGCUCCGAACAAGAAACAGAGGGUUGGCGUGGAUGGUUUCUUGCGGUCUUUGGGUCUUGAAAAAUAUUCAAUUACAUUUCAAGCUGAGGAAGUGGAUAUGACGGCUCUUUUACAUAUGAGUGAUGAGGAUCUCAAAGCUUUGGGAAUUCCAAUGGGUCCAAGGAAAAAGAUACUUUUGGCAUUGGAGUCUAAAGAUUAGUUCCCUUGGACAAGGUGUAAAGGUUAUCCUGCUGCUUUGUACUCGCUAUAUCUGUUAGCUAUUUUAUGGUUCGAUUGGGAAGGGUGGUUGCAGUCACCGGAGGUUGGAAAUGUUGGUCCGCAAUUGUGUGGAUGGGCGAACAUUCUGUUUAAGGGAAAGGUGGAAAACUGGAAACUAUCCGACAUGGGGGAGGCGUUGGAUGUAUAUUUCGAAUGCCGUGGUAUUUCAGAUUUUAUAAGUAUGGGGUGAUUUAAUUUUUUUGUUUAGCAACUAACUGCAGCCCAUGAACUGUUUGGGUCCUAUCUUUGCUUAUUCUUGGACAGGAGAUGUAAAUCCUUUGUAGCAACUUGGGUCCAUCGAUGUUCUUUUGCUAAAA